AUGGACAAACCAGCACAGCCGCCUCCGGGCCCUCACCCCGCCACGACGUCAGACACGAACCCGUCAGACAACAACUACAUCUCCCCCGCCAGCCCUCCGCCAGGCUACGCGCCGCCACAUCACCACCAGCACACCCCGGGCCCUCAAUCCCAAGGCUACGAGAUGCCCAAAUACGGCAGCCCUCCAGACCCAAACGCCGGCGGAGGCUACUACAACCCCCAACAACCACACGCGCAGCAAUCCUUCCCCCAAGGCGGCGGCGGCCCCCAAAACUUCGCUCCGUACGGCACGCCCCUCCCCGCCCUCGGCCCGCACCCGGCGCCCAUCGAGUGCCCCGACUGCCACGCCCGCGGCGUCACCGCCGUCGAGUACACCUCGGGCGGCUUCACCCACGCCCUCGCCGCCAUCGUGUGUUUCGUGAGCUGUCUGGGCUGCAUCCCGUACUUCUUUACCUCUCUCAAGGACGCGAGGCACAAGUGCGCAAAGUGUGGGAUCCCGCUCGCGACGUACCAUCGCAGCGGUCGCACGGAGGUCCAUUGGCACGGUGCCUACAACGGCUGA